AUGGCAUGGAUUAAGCUCUUCACAGACUUGGCUUCCGGGCCUCCGGGUCAGUCUUUUCCAACAAAGAACAGCUUUGGCCCGUCGACGAUGUAUGGCGCUUGGUUUAGAUUGUUUGCGGUCGCUUGUAUGUGCCAACCUGCAAGCCUUGCAAGCUUCAUCUGGCAGGCCCUGCUGAAGCGUGCUGCGUCAGGUUAUGCGGAAGCACUGGGUGCAGAUCAUCCUGAAACGCAGCGCCUGCGCAGGCAGGACUUCUGGGUCGUACCAGGCAGUCCAGAUCACUCGGCUUUUUUCGGUCUUGGUGCAUCAUGA